AUGUUUUUUCUUAAUAGCGUCGUUGUGCCGGCUUCCUUUCUGCUGGCCUUGCUGUUCAUAUCGUGGCGCAUCUACCGCGGCUCCGUCUUCGUGGACGCAACGAGCCUGUGGCGGGAGAUCGGAAGGCUGGAGGUGGAGACGUACUUCCACCUCGCCGUGGAUGUGGUCCUGUUCGUCACAUACCUUGUCUGCAUGAUCUUCGGCAUCGUCGCCAUGUACUCGCGGUAG